CAGAGUCACACACAGAAUCCCCUCCAGGUCGGGGCCGAAAUCCAGUCCCGGUUUUUCGCCUCCCAGGGCUGCACCCAGAGCCCCUUCCAGGCUGCCGCCGCGGCGCCCCCGCCACCCGCUCCAGCCACCUCUGCUGAUUCCCUGCAGGUGGACCUGCUCCCGGUGCUGGCGGCCGCCCAGGAGACGGCAGCGGCCGCGGCGGUGGUGGCGGCUGCCACGGCCUCAGCUCCAGCCGCCUCCACGGUGGACACGGCAGCCCUGAAACAGCAGCAGCCGGGGCCCGAGGGGAGCGGGGCACAGGUGGCCCCAGCCCCGCAGGCCACCUCCCAGCCCCCCACAGCCCAGCCACCCGCGCCGCCCCCGCCCAGCGAGGCCCAGAAGAAGUCGAAGAGCAAGGGGCCGUACAUCUGCUCGCUCUGCGCCAAGGAGUUCAAGAACGGCUACAACCUCCGGCGCCACGAGGCCAUCCACACGGGCGCCAAGGCCGCCCGCGCCAGCCCCGCCGCCAUGAAGAUGCCCACCAUGGUGCCCCUCAGCCUGCUGAGUGUCUCGGCCCUGGGGGCGGGCGGGGGCGGGGCGGCGCCGGGGGCGGAGGGGGGCGGGGCGGCAGGGCUGGUAACCACCACGGCCUCUGGCAAGCGAAUCCGGAAGAACCACGCCUGCGAGAUGUGCGGCAAGGCCUUCCGUGACGUCUACCACCUCAACCGGCACAAGCUGUCGCACUCGGAUGAGAAGCCCUACCAGUGCCCCGUGUGCCAGCAGCGCUUCAAGCGCAAGGAUCGUAUGAGCUACCACGUGCGCUCGCACGACGGCGCCGUGCACAAGCCCUACAUCUGCAGCCACUGCGGCAAGAGCUUCUCCCGGCCGGACCAUCUCAACAGCCACGUGCGCCAGGUGCAUUCGACAGAGAGACCCUUCAAAUGUGAGACGUGCGAGGCGGCCUUCGCCACGAAGGACCGGCUGCGGGCACACACGGUGCGCCACGAGGAGAAGGUGCCGUGUCACGUGUGCGGGAAGAUGCUCAGCGCCGCCUACAUCACGGACCACAUGAAAGUUCACAGCCAGGGGCCCAACCACAUCUGUGAGCUGUGCAACAAAGGUAGGGAGGCCGGGGGGGUGAGAGAGAGAGAGAGCCGUGUGCGUCCUGUACCCGCUGAGUGAGAGAGCCGUGUGCCC